ACCGAAAGAUACCAAAGCUCAACAUCACCUUAUCUCCCGCAAGGAAGGUUGAUACAAAGAAAAUAAAGAUGGGAUACAACCUCAAUUCUUUGUGUAUUUCGAGUAACCAAGCACGACAGAGACCAUCAUACUGGACUGUCUGUCAUACCGACUGGCAGCACCAACGAUUGAACAUACAUCAUGGGCGACGAAACUACCAAUUAUCCCAUGGUCAAAUUGACGCCGCCUUCGCAGUUCCUUGCACCAUGCCCCAAGUUCAGGGUGUUGGUAUUGGGAAAUCCGGAAUCGACCAAGCAGGAACUAUUUUCGAGGGUGUUUGGUGUUGAUCUUGAGAAGAAACUAGUAUCAGAAGCCUUCUCCCCCACCCACGACAUCAACGUCCCGCUAGACCUCCAAGGCCAAAACAACCAUCUCGAAAUCUUUUCCUCCCCCAACUUUUUUGGCCCUACCACCUCCACCUCCUUUUCUUCACCCUUCGACUCCUCCCUCGAGUCCGACCCCUCCUACACCCUCGCCUCCCAAACCCUCCGCACCGUCUCCCAAUUCAUCUCCUCGCACACCUCCCUCUCCCAAAUCGAAUCAGUCGCCCCGGACGUUAUUACGUCCGACACCCGCCUCCAUUGCAUCUGGUACUGCGUUUCGGCCGCCGACCCUUCCCGGCCUAUCUCUCCGGUAGAGGAAUACUUCUUCCACCACCUGUCACAAAUCGUCCCGCUACAUGUACCGGUUUUGUUGUUGUUUACCAAGUACGAUGAGUUCGUGAGUCAAGUGCAGCUGGACUGGAUCCGGUCGGCGCAGGAGAAGGGGAUGAGUAAAGUUGCUGUGGCGCAUAUAUUGAGGGACUUGGUGGCGAAGAGGUUUGAGGAUACGAUUGGGAGGAAGUGGGGGGAGGUGUUGAGGGGGGUUGAUUCGGGGAUUGAAGAGAAAAAGAGGGACAAGAGGAGGGAUAGUGGGUUUGGGUUUGGGUAUGGAGGGAGUGAUCGGGAGGUUGUGCUGCAUGUGAAGGGUGAGGAGGAAAAUGCAAGUAAGAGGGAGGUGGUAAGGGUUUUGGUUGGGGGAGGGGGGGAAAGUGAGCAGGAUUGGGGAGGGGAGCCGGCUUGGGGGGAGGAGUUGGCGGGGGUGGAGGGGGGCGGGUAUGGCGAGUUGGUGAAGAGGACACUGGAGGGGUUGAGGGAGAGUAAGGAGGUGAGGAGGGCGUUUGCGGCUGCUCAGAGGUGUUUAGCUGGUGUUAGUUCGGAGUUCGCAGCAGAACUAGCAUCCACCUACUUCGCCGUCGACACCGGGCACGCCCGCAAGCUCCACGGCGUCGACGUGCGCGACAUCAUGCCCAACUUCUACGCCAAAGCCGUCCAGCUCUUCAACCUGCGCGACGUCUCAUCCGUGCUCGACGACCCGACCCUUUUGAUUCGCAUCCUCGAAGCCACCUUUGGCAUGCACCAGCGGAUCCUCGUCGACGAGUCCUUGUCCCACUCCUCCACCGAACCAAGCAUCUUCCUCGGCCUCUCCCCGCACGAACGCGCAGUCAUGCUCGCCCAAGCCAUGGCAGCCGUCAUUUUGUUCCUACACAAACUCGCCGACGUGCAAUGGCCUCACCGCGACAAUUUGCGCGGCAUCUUGCCACCGGCAACCAUAACGGCCAGGGACGUGCAGCGCGUCAUCCACGAGAUCGAGGUGGGGACCGAAAAGAGGGAAUUGCUAGAAGAGAUCGAGAGCAGUCCGGUUUUCACGAGCUGUAGGAUGCGCAAGGAGGUGGCGGAUUUGAUUCACAGAGCGGUGGAGAAGGCGGAUAAAGGCGCGGCGUCGCAUUUUACACGGGAGGAGAGGGCCCGGGGCGUGUUGAUGGUGGAUGAUUCGGACUUGCAGGAGAUAAGCCUGGCGUUUGUUAAUGAUAAGGGACAGGAUGAUAUGGUGCUGCCGAAUGGGUUGAGGAUAUUGCCGUUGAAUUGACCAUGUGAUGAUUGAGGAGGGCAGCGAGACGGAUUUGUUGGGGGUAGGAUCGGGGAUUGGACUGGAACGGGAUUUGGGUUCGGGAUUUUCAGGGUAUCAUUCAGGAUUGGAAAUCGGGAGCUUCGAACUUACAUGCAUCCGAACUGCUGAAUGCAUCCAAGAGAAAACUGCAAUUGGAACCUCAUUGAAUCGCCGAAAAAAAAAAGAACCAGGGAAGAAAAACCAGACCGU